AUGACCGUGGUAAUAGACCUUGCCAAGCAAGGUAAUGGCUUCACCCUUUCAGGAUGUUGUCGCCUCAAACUGGGUCCCGUCCGACCAACAAGUGCUAAAUUUCAUCAAGCUCGAUCUUUGCGAGGUAAGAAGUCAGCCGAAUGCGUCGUGAAAAGCUCUGAGUUUUGUGCGAAGAUUUGUGAGGAGAAGCGAAAAUUUGUUGAGAAAGGUUUAAUGCACUCGUACUGCAGUAGGAGCUGCGCCCGACGUGGGGAGGGUCCGAGUCCAGUUUGUUGCGAGUUGGAUGGAUGUCGCGCAACAGGACAUUUGGCGUUCGCGAAUUUCUGCUCGAGAAUACAUGCAGAAGAAGCGGUUCGUCUAGGAGAGGCAGAAGGCUGCAUGAGAUGUGGUCUCCAACCUCGAAUGCUUGGUCAGUUAUGUAUCUUGUGCGACCGCCAGUCCCAAACGGGACCCCAAUUGAGGGAGCUGAACGCCCAUGACUCGCCGACCUUGGAAGACUUGAAAGCCCAGUUUUUGAGCAGGUGGGCAGCACUAGAGGAACCGGCAUAUUUCGAGAAAGCAUAUGAGGUUGUAAUCCCUCGCGAUGUCCGUAUCCUGCAUGACCGCUAUCGUUUGAACAACCCAAAUUUUGAAGAAGUCCGGAGUUUUUAUAGUUCGCAAUGCAUAUGUGAUCUAGGCCUGUAUGGUCCCAGACUAUGUAGCUUCGAGUCUUGUGGGAUUUGCUGCAUCGUCAAGUCGUUCUUCAAGUCGUUCGCUUUUGGAGAACCGAUCGACAAGGGAAGAUAUGGAAACGGCAUAUACUCUUACGAGAGUCCAGCACUUGCUGACAUGUUCGCAACAUCCUGCACCUCCUCACCCUACCGCGUGAUGGUCGCUUGUGAUGUAAUUGUCGAUCCGAAGCAGCGGAUAUCGAAACAGGUUUGGUCCUCUGCAAAGCUGUGCUUGUUCACCUGUCAAAUUGAGAUGUUUCACGUAGGCCUCCGGUAG